AUGGAGCCUGUGCAAUUCAAUUUCACAUUGAAUCUCCAUGAUCUUGAUGCACCCAAAACCACCUUCAAGAUUCCACUCGAUCCUACUGUCCUUCCAGCCUUUACAACCACCAGUUCCUGCAUCAAUCAAAAUGCGAAGAUUUCAUCUGAACUUGAAAAACUUCCGGGGCAAGGUGAUGGCGCCGCUGUCUACAAAUUACAAAAGAAGAUGAAGAGAAAGAGAGAGUGUAACGAUAAAUAUGCUACGAUCUACUUGAACAAGCUGAGUGCCAGGUUUCAGGAUCAGCCUGAAAAUAUACAGGGCUUUAAAACGGUCAUGGCAGAUAUCAUUGGUCAUACUGACAGAGAUCAAUCUGGUCGACUAAAAGACAUACCCGACGAUACCCUAGACAGAAUAGCGGCAAUCUUUGAAGGUCAUGAUGAUCUGCUACGUGACUUUAACUCUUUUUUGCCACCUUCACAUAAACUUAGCCUGGAUGAUGAGGAGGAGGAAAAUGAGGCGGAUGCAGCAGAGGAAAAAGAACCUGGACUCAAAGAUGCUUUGGAUUUUUUCAAGAAAGUGUGGAUAUUGCGUGGCAUGGAUUUCUAUGAAGCCUUCCUGAGGACUUUAUUUCCACUCAAAAAUGGGAGCAGGAACCCAGAUUAUGUCUAUAGGGAUGCCCUUGCGUUAUUGGCAGAUGAACCUGAUUUGCUCCAGGGGUUUUAUAGAUUUUUGCCUGCUUCUAAAUCAAUCCCUUUGGCAUAUCAUGUGCCAUAUUCCCAAGGUUUGGAUGUUAACAACAAAAGAGCAGUGCUGGUGAAUGCUGUCAAGGAGCAGAAGCAUUCUGAAAAUCUUGAGGUUGUUGAAGAUAAUGAUCAUAAGAAAAGAAAUUUUGUCAACAAGGCUGGAGGAGUUGUAGCGGGAGGUGGUGAGAGUGUCAUAGAAAAGUGUAGGAGUGAUGGACUUUGCUUCUUUGGCAAAGUUAAGGAGAGGUUGUCUUGCAAUUUCCUUUAUGAGAGAUUCUUGAAGCUUCUCUUUUAUUAUACAAAGGAGAAGUUUGGAGAGAGUGAAUGGAAAACUAUGGUUGCUACUAUGAUUGGAAAUCAUUCUGAUCUCAUGGAUGAGCUCAAUGAUUUCAUGGUAAAAUGCAAGAAUAUGCAAGAAUCAAGGAGAUGUGAAAGAAGGGACCGAAAGAGAGCAAAACAUGAAUCCCAGGUCUUGAAUGAUGAGUUGGUUUCUGUUGCCUCAAGAACUGAAGACUAUUCCUCUAACAUCAGGAGCCAAAAGCAGCGACAGCAAAUCAUGGUUCAAUGUAAAGAUGAUAGAGAUGAGAUAGACAUGCUAUUUACUUGGUUUAAAUCAGCUGUUGAGUAUGCAGAUGAACUGGGGGAUGGCAACGAUGAAGGGAAAGUUACAAAGGGGAAGAGGAUUCACUUCCUAAGAUGUGUUGAACGUUUAUAUAAUGAUCAAGGCCUUGAGGUGCUUGAUGUUUUCGACAAAAAUCCCCAGCAUGCACUGCCUAUCUUAAGGCAUCGCUUGAAGCAGAAAUUAGAGGAGCUUAAACAUUGGCGUGAUGAUCAUGAAAAGUUAUGGGAUGAAGUAGUCUCUCGAGUUUAUUAA